CAACACUGACACGGAGUAACAAAUACUAUUACAUUCCAACGGAUAAAUUUCGUCUACUAUGAUUUCAGACGCAAUGAAAAAGGAAAAAUUACCCGGGAAAGAAGGAAAAGAAAAUGCAGCCGCCAAGAGCAAGCGCCGAAUUUGGGGAGAGGCGAGGAAGGAAAUGAUUCCUUUGUCGGUGGGAGCAAUUGCUCUUGUCGCCUCGUCGUCUGUCAACCAAGGUAUGUCGUACUCAUCGGAUGGUAAAAGUACCUUGAUGGUUGUCGUACUCAUCGGAUGGUAAAAGUACCUUGAUGGUUGCUUCCAUUCAUUGCUACGAUUUAUCGACCACUUAGAGAAGAAAGUGUCACCAGUCACUAGAAUCGGACUCACUUGCGAUUUGUCACAUGUUUCUCUUCGCACUCUGCUCAUUUACGGACAAAUUACGCAAUCAAUAACGUUCGCAGCUGUCCCUCGUUUGAUGGGAGUCCUCAUGGAUCCCUCGAAACCGAAAUCUGCCAACACUUCGGAACGAAAAUUCAUCUCACAGAUUUUGUGGUUGAGCUUGGCGGGUGGCACAGCUAGCUUCAUCCGAGUGAGUAUCGUGGUCCAACCGCACUGCAGAAUGAUUUGUUCAGACCACCAUUCAGCCCGGAGCUAAUACGAACACGAACCACUUUAUAAUCAUUUUUCUCAUGGUAAUCGUUUAUUUGUGCUUGCAUUGUAUCUCCUAGACAUGGUUGAUGAAUCGAGCCCAAGACUCGAUUGCUGCCCGGCUUCGAAAGGAAGUUUUCGAGAGUCUACUUACCAAGCGCGAGUUGGAAUGGUUUCAGCACACCCAGAUCGAGUCGAGAACGGAAAACAUUGGAAAGGAAAUCGAAAGAACCAAGAGCGAUGUGUCGACCGCUGCUAGCGACCAAGAAGCAACGAAGGACAAACGACAAAAACGUAGAACGGAAUCUUUAUCUCCUAGCACGGGUGUGACACCAGCUGCAGUGGGUGUCAUCAUGAAAGAUGAUGUCGAUGUGGUCGCAAACACGGUGACAAACACUCUUGCGAACUUACUGCGAUCGCUCAGUUCUUGUGUUUUUGGAACCUACAACAUGCUUUGCAUCAACCCGCAGCUCGUGGGACUGUCGAUAGGGGUCGCUCCGGUAGUUGGAACGCUUGCUUGGAUGACGAGAACCUACCUGAAAAAAAUUGUAGCAAUWCAGCAGCAAGCAGCAAUCAAGUCGGCCUCUUUUGUUGAGGAACGCCUGAAUCACAUUACUAUGGUGAAAACUUCGAACCGAGAACACGACGAGGUUGAAAAAUUCAAUGAAAUCCAAGACGAAUGCGUCACACUCGGAGGAAAGGCUGCAUUGGCAUCGGGUUUGUCCAUGGGUAUCAUGUUUGGCUUGAGCAGCACUGCUUUCUGUGGAAUUUUGUUGGCAGGAAGGAGAGCCGUCAAAGCGGACAAAAUGACCUCGGGUGAACUCACAAGCUUUGGAACCUAUUCUUUCAUGUUGGCAUUGGGAUCGGCUGGCGUCGUCCGCGCCCUCGGAGAAUAUAGCAAGGGCAUGCAGUGUGCGACUCGACUUUACAAAUUGAUCGACGGCGACAAUGACGAAGGACAAAAAUCUAUGGAUCAAGGAAUAGAUGGCAGCCGUCCACUCGUUAAUACCGAUCUUGUUCAAAAAUUAUCGAUUGAGAAUGUAAACUUUUCAUUCAAAGCAGACCCUUCAAAAAUGGUUCUCAAAGACUUAUCCUUCAGUAUCUCACGUGGUGAAGUGGUAGCCAUAGUUGGAGAAAAUGGAAGCGGAAAAUCAACAACAGCUUCGAUCAUAGCUGGUAUUUAUCCUCCUCAAUCUGGCCAGAUCGCUCUGUAUGAUACCAAAGCUACCACCGCAGAGCCACUGAACUGCAUCACCGAUCUCGAACGCAGAGACCGAGCCAGCCUUGUCCAAGUAGUUCCGCAAGCUCCUGCGCUUUUCGAUAUGACGAUCCUAGAUAAUGUGCGCUAUAGCCGUCCCGAUGCGUCGGAAGAAGACGUGCGCACGGCAAUGGAUAGUGCCCACUGCGAUUUUGUGUCGAACCUUGAUGGUGGCCUGGAUUAUCAGGUCGGAAGGAACGGCAUUCGCUUGAGUGGGGGCCAGCGCCAACGAAUAGGCCUGGCCCGGGCGUUCUUGGCGAACCCGGUCUUUUUGGUCCUCGACGAGCCAUCGUCUGCUAUGGAUGCCGAGGGUGAGGCAUCUCUAUCGGAUACCAUGGCAGCCUGUAAGUCAUCGAAUCGAGGAUUGCUGAUAAUCACCCAUCGUGCCAAGACUCUGGAACUGGCGGAUCGUAUUCUUGUGCUGAAGGAUGGUCAAGUAGUAGAGGAAGGAAAACUUGGAGCGCUCAAGAAACGCAAGAAUGGCGAAUUGGUUGCCCUAAUGUCUGAUCUAGUUUAGUAAUCUGUAGAACGGAACAAAAAACAUUGCUUCAGAUCUUGCCCCAGUACUAUCGAUUGAUUAUCGAGAAAAUUCCAUUCUACAUGUACUCCGGUUUGUUUUAAAUUUCUCUCCAGCAGUGAAAGAGAAAUAGCCCAUCAAAAUCAGAAUGAACAAUACUCUGGCAUGCCCGACCGACAAAUUCAAUCAAAAUAACUAGUACUAGUACUACCGUACUGCUUAAUUUUUAUUUCUGCUUGAACUUCAGAGGAGCAUCUACUUAUAGCAAAAGCUUGGGCAAGGGAAAGCAAUGACCGAACUAGGCUAUAGAUAUGAGAAUUAUUGCCUCUCCUACCUGUAAGCUAGAGCUAUUAAUG